AUUUCAGUUGUUGUAAACAUAACCUUCAUCUCACAACUCAUGAAAUGGCAGCCGACAAUUAUGUUGUCACGUUCGAGGGGCUUACACUUGAUGAUGUUCUUCAAGAGUUGGAGUCUGAGGAUCCAGAUGGGCUUCGGCGGCUGAUUUACAUUACUCCUCCUGAUGAGGGUGCUGACACCGAAGUCGACAGUGACAAAUCAGAUGAUGAGGCUGAAGGUGAUGUGAAUCAUCUGGGGAGAAAUAUGCUGAGAAGUAUUUGUGAGGUGCAGACUGAAUGCACACCUAACGUUCAACCACAGCUUACAACAAGUACAGGAGAUAAUAUGACCAGUACAGGCGAGCCUAAAGAUAACAUGAUCAGUACAGGUGAGCCUGAAGAUUAUAAUUAUGUUCUUGAGAUGCCACCAAGUAUCAGUAGGCCUUUGCCAACUAAUGAGAAUAUGGAUCUUGAUAAUUCAGCUUCAAGCAAUUUGAAUCCAUCAGAAAGUCUUAUUCAAGUUGAGGGUCAAAGUACAAGUAUCAAUACUAGACAUUCCAAUCGUAAAAGAACUCGUACCAUAGAAUCAGACAGUAGCAUCGAUGAAACUGAAAAUGUAGUACUUUUAGAUGAUAGGCCUACUGUUAAAAAUAAGAACAAGGGUAAGAAAAGCAAAUCCACAGCUAAAAAGACUAUGAAAGAAAUGGCAGCUGAGAAAAAAAAGGCUAUGAUUGAUCAGUGGAAACCACAAAAGCCUGAUUUUAAAUUAAAUUUGAAUUGUGACCCUAUUCCAUGUUCUGAUGGAGCUAUGGAAUGUGAAACACCUUUGGAUUUUUUUUUAUUAUUUUUCAGUGAUGACCUUCUAGAUUAUAUUUGUGAACAAAGUAACUUAUAUGCUUUACAGAAGAAUGUUGACCUAAAUCUUACAAGAGAUGAGUUAUGGGUUUUUUUUGGAGGUCUUCUCAUGUCAGGCUAUGCCAAGUAUCCAAAUAAAAGAAUGUAUUGGUCAACGGAUGAUGAUGUACCUAAACUUCUGUCUCAAAGUAUUCGAUGCAACAGAUUUGAGCAGAUUCUUAGAUAUCUUCACUUGAAUGAUAACACCCAAAAUGAUAAAUCUGAUAAACUUUUAAACUCAGGCCCUACAUCGAGGCACUGAACUCAUCCUUCAAAAAACAUGGGGGCAUUGAUGAAAACCUCUCUGUCGAUGAGAGUAUGAUUCCAUACUAUGGCAAACGUUAUGCUAAACAGUAUAUCAGGGGGAAACCGAUAAGAUUUGGUUUUAAAAACUGGGCCUUAUGUUCAUCCAGUGGCUACUUGAUAACAUUUGAAGUAUAUACGGGUAAAGACCCGAAUCGAGUGAGCAGGUUUGGAUAAGGUGGUGAUAUAGUGGUGAAACUAAUUGAAAAUGCUGAAGUUCCUUGCAACAAUGGACACAAGCUUUUCAUAGACAACUUUUUCACAUCAGUUCCACUUAUAAAGUAUUUUAGUGAUAUUGGCAUGUGUGCAACGGGUACCAUACAAGAAGGCAGAACAGAACAUUGCCCACUAAAAACUAGAAAAGAGUUGGAGGGAGAAGAGAGAGGGAGUUAUGACUUCCGUACUGCUGACAAAAUUAUGCUAUAUGUUCGGUGGCAUGAUAACAGUGUCUGCACUAUAGCUACUAACUGUGAAAAACUGUCUAUUGGUACAGCUCGACGCUGGUCAAGAACCAAGAAAGCAAAGGUUCAAGUCCCACAGCCAACAGUUUUUGCUUCAUACAACAAAAGUAUGGGAGGUGUGGAUUUGAUGGACCAGAAUGUUGCCACUUACAGAACUAGAAUGAGGCAGAAAAAAUGGUGGUGGCCCAUUUUUGUGUACUUGUUCGAUGUUAGCGUUUCUAACUCCUGGCUCCUCAAUAGAAAACUCCUGAAUCCCGAGCAAACCAUUGGUCAACUGUUGAACUUCCGAAGAAACUUGGCUAUAACUGUUCUGAAGAAGUAUGGAAAGCCCUCAAGUCAGGGAAAAUCAGUACCAAAACCGUUGGAAGACGUUCACUAUGACAACCACAACCAUUGGCACCUUCCCAACCCUACUGAGAGAAGAUGUAAACAUUGUGCUGGAAAGGCAAAGUUUAUUAUUACCAAGUGCAAAAUUGGACUCCAUCCCAAGUGUUUCAUGGAAUACCAAAGAAUCAAUAGGCUUAUGUGUACGUUCUGCCAUGUUGUUAGGCAACAAUUUAACUACCUUUUUAGAGCUAAUUUCUGACAUCGAAUAAUAUGAUAAUUUUGUUGCACUUUUCACUUGUAAAUAAAUCAGCUAUAAUGUA